GUGAGCAGUGCAAAUUGACCGAGCAGGAAACGCUGGAGCGAAAAGCCAGAGAUCCCGGCUCAAUCUGGUAAGAGGGGGAACUCGGCACCCGUGGUUUGUUUUAAGGAUGGGGUAGGCUUCUUGCUCGGGUAUGCUUCCACUGGCUCAGUCCUUCAUAGGAAAGGGAAAUUGCAGCAACCCGACGGCUGAAAUCUGGUGGGUUUCCCCCUCGUUCCUCUCUGCAAAGCUGGAAGAAGAAGAGGUUUGGGGUUUUGCAGGGUUUUGACGUGCCCCCUGUUGAGGAAUUUGACCCGGAACAGGCAUCAGACAACUCAGCCAAGGGACUCAGACUGGGUUUCCCCGGGGAGGAAUGAAAUCUCAGCUGGGAGGCACCGGUCAAACCGCGCAUUUUAUUUUCUCCAAAUGAGCCAGCAGGGAGCAAAAUGCCAUAAGCGAGUGGGACAUAGCUGAAAGCAAACGCUAUUAUCCUCCGCCGUUCCUGAGGCGGGAAAGGUCAACUGAUUCACUACACAAGUCAAGCUCGCUGUCCGCUUUUUGGUUGGAACAUGAUCGGCUCUGGUUUGGGGUAGAAGUUGGAGGAUAGGUAUUGAACUACCUGAACCUGCAGGGGAGGCAGCUGUUGUGUGGAACAACGAAGAUCGCUUUCGUUUUCCUGUCCUAACUGUGCUUUGCUCCAGCAUUUUGUUAUUGGAGAACUCUGGGGCACGGCCUUCUCUGCCCCGUUCCCAUCUGAGCUAAGAAGUUCAAGAAGAUCAAGAAGUCAUCUUGGCUAAGCCUUCUGAAAGCCACCCCCUGUUCUGGGAUGUCUUUUCAUCAUGGAUGAACUCCAAGCUUUGUUCGAUGACAAUGCAGCCUGAAGAACGAUUUGCCACCCAGAUAUGGCAAACUCCACCGAGAUGAGAGAGGUGCCCACUGCAGGCAACGGAACGGGCAACAGCUGCGUCGCGGACAAUGCCACCUGGUUCAACUUCACCGCCCAAGAGCAGUCCCCGGACUUCUACAUCGUCCUCCCCGUCAUCUACUCCGUGAUCUGCGCUGUGGGUCUGACCGGCAACACGGCCGUCAUCUACGUGAUCCUCAAGGCCCCCAAGAUGAAGACGGUCACCAACAUGUUCAUCCUGAACCUGGCCAUAGCGGACGACCUGUUCACGCUGGUCCUGCCCAUAAAUAUCGCCGAGCACCUCCUGCAUUACUGGCCCUUCGGGGAGGUCCUCUGCAAAAUCAUCCUCUCCAUAGACCACUACAAUAUCUUCUCCAGCAUCUAUUUCCUCACGGUGAUGAGCAUCGACCGGUUCCUGGUGGUCCUCUCGACGGUCCAGUCGAAGCGGAUGCCUCACCGUACCUACCGGGCGGCCCGCAUCGUCAGCUGCUGCAUCUGGGUCUUGGUGACCCUCAUCGUUUUCCCCUUCUUCAUCUUCGCCAACGUCUACAAAGACGACUUGGGCAUCCAGAGCUGCGGCCUCAACUUCCCCAAGCCCGAGAGGCUGUGGUUCAAAGCCAGCCGGAUCUACACCCUCAUCUUGGGCUUCGCCAUCCCCGUCUCGACCAUCUGCAUCCUCUACUCCAUGAUGCUGUACAAGCUGAGGAGCAUGCACCUGAACUCCAACGCCAAGGCCCUCGACAAAGCCAAGAAGAAAGUCACGGUGAUGGUCUUCGUCGUCCUGGCCGUGUGCCUCUUCUGCUGGACGCCGUUCCACCUGGCCACCAUCGUGGCCUUGACCACCGACCUGCCGCAGACCUCCCUGGUCAUCGGCAUCUCCUACUUCAUCACCAGCCUGAGCUACGCCAACUCGUGCUUGAACCCGUUCCUGUACGCCUUCCUGGACGACAGUUUUCAGAAAAGUUUCAGGAAGAUGCUGGAAUGCCAGGCGGCUUGAAACGUGGACCCACGGCUCUUAGAUGCGUCUUAGGGUGGCCAAUUGAGGUGGCCAAUUCUGAGUUGGGAAAUGCCUGGUGGCCUCGGAGGUAGAGACUGGGAAGGGCACGGCAUAAUGGCGCAGAGCCUGCCCUUCAGUGCAUCUGUGUCCUCCGAUGGAACUGGUGUCUGUCAUCUGGAGAUCCACUCGUAUUUCCAGGAGCUCUCCAGGUCUCACCUGGAGGUUAGCAACCCUAGAACUUAUCUGCUCAGGGGACAGCUCUGGAAAAGCUAUUAAAUGUAUCUAGAAAAACGCGUCUAACUUUGUUUUUUAACAUCUCCCUUUAAUUUUGAAGGUUGUUUAUG